AGUCUUAAACUGGGGCUAGAAAACAAGUGAGAAGAAAAGUAUUGCUUACAUAAUCCUUUGGCAGUGGAAUGAAUCAGGGUUCUUGUGGGAGAAGAGGAAUGCAGUUUUAAAGGAACAAACAGCAUUCCUGUAGCUGGUAGUAGCUGGAUAAUCCUACUUUCCUGAAGAGCAGCACAGACAUUUACCGUGGGUUUAUGUGCCUUGUCUGUUGUGCCCAUGGUCUCUCCUCUGCACAAAGCUUGAUAAAAUGGAACAUUCCUGCUGUUUUCUUUAAAAUAAUCUGUAAUUCCUUGGCCAUAAUACAAAGGGAGGCACCCAUCUGUUUGGUUUUGUGGGUUUUUUUCUCUUUUCCACAAAUGUCCUUGUUUGUGUUAACUAGCAAAUCUAAUCAUCCAGCUCACAGGAGAGUUACACAACCCUCCUGAGAUUUUGCUCUAACAGCAAGUCUUGCUUAAUACUCCCACAUUUUCUUCUUGCUUCAGAUUUGCAGAUUCUUUGGCAUUACAGCUGUGCUCUUAUAAAACAGAUUAAACAGCAAAUGGAAUGCUGAACGGAAAAGCUGUGUUAUUUCCACCUUGCAGGACUUACUGAAAUGAUCCUGGCUGGGUUAAAACAUGAGCCGAAACUCCCACAGGGAGCAUUAGUCUGAGUGAUUCGCAUAAACACUCAAAGUCAGUCUUGGUUGAGCUUCCUAGUCAAGUUGACUUUUAAUGGAGAUAAUCUUUCCAGAAGGAGGUCUGAAGAAAGACAAGUUACAGGUGAUAAGAAAUGAGUGUGAUGAUGCACUGGCUGCUGCUGCUCCUUCUCCUGGUCAGCUUUGGCUCACCUGCACCCAGGUUCUCGGACAAAGAUAUCUGCCUCCUAGACAACAAUAAAUUAAGACAAAGGUUAGAACAUCUUCAAGACUUGCUUUACUUAUAUGAAUUGCAGCUGAAGGACAUACUGGAGAACACUUACCACAGAACGAAAAGUGAACUGUUCUCAGGCAACAGGAGCAUGCAGCAUGAGACACUUUUACCCACAACCAGUGGGAAUUUGAUAGUCUAUGACCAAGAUUGCUCUGCAGUGUAUGGCCGGAAGAGCACCACAAGUGGCUACUACCGGAUCAGGCCCCGAGCAGAGCGAGAGCCCUUCCUGGCAUUCUGUGACAUGUCUGAUGGCGGGGGCUGGACUGUCAUUCAGCGGCGCAGUAACGGCAAGGAGAACUUCAACAGGAAAUGGGAUGAUUACAAACUGGGAUUUGGGAAAUUCCAGGGCAAGAAUGAUGAAUAUUGGCUGGGCAAUGACCACAUCCAUGACCUGCUUGCUACAGGAGAGAACUCAUUAAAGAUUGACCUGAUGGACUGGCAUGGGGAAAGACGUUAUGCAAUCUAUGAAAAUUUCCAGCUUGCAAAUGAGCAGGAAAAUUACAGGUUAUGGUUUGGCACCUAUUCUGGUAAUGCUGGCGACGCUCUGUCUGGUGGGAGCAAUUUUGAAGAUCAGUGGUCAGCUUCUCACAGAGGGAUGCAGUUCACCACAUUUGAUAAGGAUCACGAUCAAUUUCUGGCUGGCAACUGUGCAUCAGAGAACAAGGGUGGCUGGUGGUUUAACAGGUGCCAUGCUGUAAACCUCAAUGGGCAAUACUACAAAAGAGGGAGGUACAGUGGACCCCAUGAUGACGGCUUGGUUUGGUCUACAUGGCACGGGAUGUGGUACUCACUGAAAUAUUCAGCCAUGAAAAUCAGGGCUCCAUUCUUUAUCGACAGAGAGAGCGGAGAUGGUGAGAACAGUCAGGGCAGCUGAAACCUGCUGCUUUGGAAAGAGAACAAGCACAGGCUGAAAAGAAUGGUGUAAGUUGAUAGCCAGUGCUCUGCUGCUGCCAAUUGCCAAACCUGCACUUGAUAGCUGGAGUUGACCUGCUUCUGCUACCUGAAGCUAACAGCAUGAGUUGUUUGAGCACAGCCAGAAAAUUUAAUAAAAAACAUAUGGAUCACAGUCACAGGAUAAUGAGAUUUCUUUCUCAGCAGUUUUCAAGACUUUGUUGAAGAUUUGGAAGUUCUCUGGACUUAGAAAGAUCAAGCAUGUCCUUUAAUCAAUCUAUAUUUUUUAAGGUCUAAAUCUUUCUCAUCUUGAUUUUAACCAUCAGUGUUUCAGUUAUGAGAAUAUCAGGAUAGAAAGAACAAGGGGACGGGGAAUUGUGCUACAUCUGGUGUGCCUUUGUUAGUGCUUUGCUCUGCAUCAGGAGAAUGUUUUUAAGCAACUUUCCCUAUGGUUCUAAUUGCCACACUUCAGUUGCAGAGUGCUCCUGGAGUGUGUGAAACCAAACCUGUGGAUGAACAUGCUCCAACUGCUAGUCUGCAUCCAGACUAAGGCUGCUUCAAAGUAAACACCUGCAAAAUGGACAGUGUGAAUUCCAUUCCAAUAGCUUCCCACUGCAGAUCCACUGCUAGAGUACAGCACAAGACUUUAAUGCAGACAAAGACAAUCCUGCCAACCAGAUUUAAACCCCAGAUUAAAAUUAUGCAGAUUUUACUAAAAUUAAGGUGAAUGCAGAUAUUCCUAGGAGUUCCUAAAAUGCAGUCACAUUUCAUAUAUUCUCCUGUAAUUUACCAGAUGAUUUUGCAUUAAUGAAGGGGAAUCAGAAAGUGGUUGAACCACAAGGCACACUGCUUUCAUUGUCUCACUGGAGUGGAAUGAAAGAGCAACACAAAUGAAAGAAAUGGAAUACUGAAAAUUUAUUUUCUACAGCUGUUAAUAACAACAGUUAAAAAUGAACAGCAGUAUCAGCUUGAUGCAAAUAAUUUAACUACCAUGCUGUAGAAUAAACCUGUUUCCCUUGUUUCUGAUUUAUAAUUUUUAAACUGGUGUUUAUUUUCCAUUUAUUUGCUUUUAUAUCCAUACAUACUGUAAUUUGUAUACAUAUCGAUAAAGAGUGAAAUAAAACCAUCUGAGUAGGACUUAAUACAUUUUAUUAAUAUUAAAACCAUCUGAGCAGGACUUAAUACGUUUCAAGAAUAGGAAUGUGAACAGUAAUCUGGAUCAAAAUCUUCGAAAGCUCAUAAUAUGAGAAAUGUAUUCUUUCAGUGUUGGCUCUGGUGCUUUUUCACCUGUUGUCCUGGAUAGUUGAAAGGGUCUGCAAGGUAAGUUUAAUUUUCACAGCUCAAGCUAUCCUGGAGACAGUGCAGAGGCAUGAGGUGAAGGUUCUGUUUAAAACUUGGUUUGGUUCCUCUGCUUCCUAGACAUCCCAGUGACUGCAAGCAUGAACAUCCCAGGGUAAUGGGCAGCACUCCAGGGAGCUGUGCUCCUAGAGCCUCUGCCCUUGGCUAGACUGCCCCCAGCCCUCUUCUCAAGCAUACUCAUGUGGAGUGAAAUUUUCACCAACAUGUCUGAAAUGAGACAUCUUGCCCUUGUGAAGAAAGGGCUGCAAAAAGGCAGCACUUACUCUUUCCCUUCUGAUCGCUGCUGCUGUAUUUUUAAAUGGUAAAAUCUCAGUGCAAGAUUGUAACUGCAUGUUAGAACAUAAGGAAUGACUUUGCACACAUUGUAACUGCGUGGCCCCUGAGGAGCACUGAGGGCUGAAAGGAUUUCACUCACAUUUAUCUGUGUCAUCAAAACAAAAAAAAUUUUUGUUUUGAUGACACAGAGAAAUGUGAGUGAAAUAAAUUCAUGCCUUCUGGCAGUUGAUGCUCAAUCCCAUCCUUCAGUAGAGAGCUAAGGAAGUUAGAGCAAAGACUGUGGAAACUACAGCACUUAGGGGACAGCAUUGUGGUUUGGCAGUUCAUUAAGCAGCUGGUAACCCAUCUGAUAAUGCAUUAUCAAGCUGGAGAUGAAGUCAGCAGGGCUUAAUCAGACAACCAGCACCCAGUCCACUUCCCCAGUGAGUGAGCAAUGAGCAAUGUAAAGUCCAGACUAUGGAGCCUGUUUCCCUGUGUGUCAGUGUGGAGGGGAAGGCAUUAGAGCUGGAUUGCCUUCAGCCAGCAUCAAUGUCAGGGCGUUUCUCAGUCUCUGAGAGAUGAAGGGAGGCCAAGGUAUCACAAGCUGGGAGGGAAGGGGUUUGCCCUGCUGUCUGUGGUGUAAAACUUAUGUUAAGUACAUCUAAAGCAUAAUACAGCCUAACACCAGGACAACUUUGCAGAAAGCACCACUGAUUAAGAGCGAUGUUGCCCCUUCUCUGUCCUCCUGUGACAAAGGAAAGCUCCUCUGAGAUGCAAGGGUAACAGGGCUUUGUGCAGGCACCUGCAAAUCCCACAGGAAACCUCAGGAAGCAUUUCAGAACCACCUUUAAUCUUAAUAAACAGGGUAGAAUGCCACUAGCUGAGUAUUACUGGAUCUGAGGGCUACGCCAAGCUCCAAUCCCUCCCGCUGAAGGUUUAGGGGAAUGCUUGCUGAAUGCUGUUGCCCUGCACAUUUGAUCUCCCACAGGGUCUCUCUCCCAUGCUGAGAGGCUCAACAAAGCUUAAACAGAUACUGUAGCCCUGCAGCUCCAAUGAUGAUGGAUCGCUGCUUCAGGGAGAAGGUACUUCACACCACAGACCUUACCUUAGUACAGGCAGGGUAAGUAACCCGAGCUGCAAUUGUUUCAGAGGUCUGCUUUCCAGCUCAUUUAAGUCAAUUUAAAGACUCAUUACAUUUGAUUGCCUUUGGAUAACUCUGCAAGUGAGAACAUGUUCUUAGAUGCUUUAAACAGCUUUUCAAGCUGACAGUUUAUGGGAAUGCAUCACUAGUACCAACACCACGAAGGGCCAAGGGCUUGACACGGCUCCGGGGAAAGGGGGAGCUCACAUCACCCAGAGAGUGGGAUCCCUCACUCCAGCAGCAGCUGCAAAGCAUUACCCAUCAGAAAGGCCAUUCAAACAACCAGAUUUGACUCUGGUAGCCAAAUGCUGAGUCUUGCUCCUCCUAUGUUGUCACAGCAGGUAACACUGUGUGCCUGUCAAGCUACCUGUGCCAGCUUUGGACACUGCAGUGGGGUGCCAUUGCUUACACACAGCAAUGCUGCUCUUCCUUGCUGUUGGUUUGUGGGGGCGCAGGGCUGGGGGGAAGAAGUGUGGGAUUGGGAAUCUCUCUCUGCUCAGAAAGCCAGUUUUGAGAAAGACAGCAGCCUCCUUCAUGACAAUGGAGCACAUGCUCAUUUUGCUUUCACACCCACAAGGCAGGUUAAAGGGCAUGAAGGGUUAGGCUCCUUAGGGGAGAGUUGAUUUCAGUCUAAUCCACUGCCUAAACCUUUCCUUUCUUACACCAACCUCCAUGGGCAGCACCUCCUCUUUUCUUGUUUCUGCCCACUAGCAUUCCCCUGGUCUUUGCAAAGUCUCCAGAGAGAUGGUUAUCCUAACAAAUGGCAAGGAAAGUCUUGGUCAUUCACAAGGUCUGAGCUCUGCUUCUGCUGUUAACUGCAGUUCCAACCCAACUCUGAAUAAUGUCAAAUUUGUGAUGUUUGGUUUUAAAACACAACAAAAAAGCCCGUCAUGGCUUUUGUAGUUCACUGUUACUGCUCUCUACAAUUGGAGAUUGUAGCAAGGUAGGGGUUGGUUGGCUCCUUCUCCCAGGUAAAAAGUGACAGGAUCA